CGCGGGGGGGUCCAGCCCAGGUGGGGAGGAGUCGGAAGAGCACGACCCCGCCGGCACCCCCGAAGCGUUGCCUCGCAAGCACGGGAGGUUCUGGAAGCCUGCGGGCAGCGCCGUGAAGGAAGAGGAGACGGCGGAGGAAGGCGGGGACGAGGAGGAGCGCGGGCUCGUCGGCGCCGGGGCCGCUGGCCGCCGGGUGGCGGGGAAGCGGAAAGUGGGCCGGCCGCGCAAGAGAGCCCGGCUGCCCAAGACGCAGGAGCCGGGGGGAGGGGGCGCCGUCUUCCCAAACCACGUCUCGUCCCCGGGGCGUCCGGCCCAGCCCCGCGGGUCCGAGGUGAAGAAAGAGGAGGACUCCCCCGGCCUUGCGCCGCGGUCGCCCGAGAACUGCAGGGGCCCGCCCAGGACGCCGUCCGCGGACCAGAGCUCCGACUCCGGCGCCGACUUGGCGGCCUCUCGGGACACCAGCCCACGGCACUCGGGGCCCCGGCUGGGAUCUGCCGGGGAACGUCCGCCGGACCCUUGGGGUUCUGGGCCGCCGCUCGCCGCCGAGCAGACCCCCGGCUCCGCGGUGACCGCGCGCCGUAAGGCCGGCCGGCCGCGG